GCUCUCUCUCCUCUCUGUUUUGCCUUCUGCAUGCGCAAAGUUUCAAAGCUCGAAUUCUCGCGGCAUAGCCAUCAGCAAACAACACACUGCCCGAACGGCGAAGAAAGGAACUGUGAAGCAAUCUGAGGAUUUUUUCUGUCUCUAUCAGCCUGCUGUCGAAAUUGGGACAGACGCCUGUGCCUGUUCACUUUCUCCUGCUGCGCCUCCUGUGGAAAUCCUGUCCUUGUCCAAGGGAGGAAACAGGAACCUUUGGAGUCUCCUGCCUCCCUUUCGUUCCGGAGUUUUCUCAGAAUAACAAAGGCUCUGCAAGAUGGUGCUGCCUCUUACGCUCCUCCGCGCGGCGCAGAACCGGCCGAUGAUGGUGGAACUGAAGAGUGGGGAGACUUACAGCGGUCUGCUGGCGAGUUGCGAUGGCUUCAUGAAUCUCCACCUCAAGGACUCUGUCUGCACGUCGAAGGACGGAGAACGCUUUUGGAAGCUGAGCGAGUGCUACAUUCGAGGCAACAUGGUCAAGUACAUUCGACUGCAAGAUGAAGUUCUUGAAACUGCAAAAGACGACAAAAAGGACGCGCGCGACAAGCCGAGAGUCAGAGGACGAGGCGGACGUGGCGGCGGCGCCCGCGGGUUCGGCGGUAGAGGACGAGGCGGUGCGGAUCGCGGUCGCGGAGGCCGGUAG